AUGCCGCCGAAGGGGCCGCAGACCCGCCUUCCGAAGGUCGUGAAGGAUGGCGUCCUGAUCAAACUGGAGGACAUCUGCGUGGGCGAGGAGAGCGGGUGGAGACCCGCCAACUUGGAGAGGGUCAACGAGCUGAAGGAGGUUUUCUUGACUGGGCAGUAUGGGAUAGGGCUGUUGAAGGCCCAGAGUGUGAUUCAGCAGGACGGGCAAGCGAAGACGGGUAGCGACGGGCGCCAGCUCCUCUCGGACGGCAAGAGCACGAUUCUAGCGAUGACGGCCGUGAAAGCCAUUCACGCCAGCGGGGAAGGCGCCAACUACGAGUGGAGCGGUGCUCUCCUCGAUGCUUUCGAGAAUGACAUCAAGGUGAGUGUGUUGGAAUAUCCGGAGGACGAUCACGACCUAGUGGUCGCGCACAAUGCCCUGACGCACGACACGGAUUCGAAUCGGUACAGGAGCACCACGGUGAAGGUCAUGGCGGACGUGGCGAACAGAUUCCGUAACAAGGUCCCGGGGGGGGAUUGGAACGCGGUUCAGGAGAGCCUCUUGCAGGUGUACGGGAAGAGCAAGCGCACGUUUGUGUGGCGCAUGGUCUGCGUCGCUCAGACUAUGAAACCGCCCGUUCUCCAGAAAAUAGUGGAUGUUCGCAUGCCGAACAGUUGCGUCUGGGACAACCCGUACUUCACGGGGCACGGGGCGCAGGCCGACAAGCGGCUCUCGGAAGCGGCGAUGCUCGCCGUUCUUACCUGGUACGAGGACGACACCGUUGGCCAGAAGGGUAUGUCGAGCAAAGUGUUCGAGCAGGAGUACUGCGCCGUCAUCAGGCAGUGCGAGCGCUGGUUCAGGACGGUGAAGAAGGAGUUCGGCAAGCUCUUCGAACAUCCAGGGGUCGCCCGCACGCGCGAGUUCCUCUUCUCCGGGCGCGUCAGGGUGGCGGUGCUCGGGUGCAUCCGCGCCGCGGUGAGGUUGGAGGGCGUGUCGGAGGAGAAGCCGGGCAUCCCGCAGUGCCGCGCGCUGUGGGCGGAGCUGGAGGCGCUGAAGAAGGGCCCGGAGACUGCGCCGAAGGUCGAGGAGGAUCGGGACCCCGCAGAGGAGGCCGCGUCCAUCCUGGCGGGGGCCUUCCUCGACGCCGUGCACGUCUACGAGAAUGAGCAGGCCAUGAAGGAGAAUCUGCGGAACCUCGUCGGCCCCUCGUCCAAGAUCGUAGUCCUGGUAGAUGCUUGCACCAGCACGGCGAAAAUCCCCUUGGCGUUGCUUGAGCAAGUCGCCUCCGUGGUGAAGGAUGUGCCGACCACGAAGAUCAGAGUGUUGACGACAGCCGCAGGGAGGCUCGAGCUCCUGGUCGCCUGCUCGAAUAAAGCCGCCGCGAUUUUCCCCGAGGGCAACCAAUUUACAGUUCAGCUGGUCCGCAGCUCCCGGCAGACCGGCUCGGGGCGAGGCGCCAAACGGCCGCAGUACGUGCAGUUACUGAUGCUGGGGUCGCCGGCGCAGCCCAACGCCCCAUGCCAGCUGGACGUAUCUCGGUGCUUGGCCAAGGCGGCCGAGUGCUGUCACAUGCGCUGCCGGGACGAGACCUGCCCCCUGCGCUCCGUGGAGGAGCAGGCUGCCCUCGCGGCGCUGGUCACCGCCAAGGACCCGCGCGCGUCCGACCCCAGCCGGGAGAUUCCCGAGGACGACAAGGCGGGCGACGCAGAGGACGCCGAGGUGGCGGACGACGAGGACGGGGGCGGGCUGGGAAAGACCUCGCAUGUGUCGUCGCUCUCCCGUCGGGGCCUCGAGGAUGCGGCCUUGCAGGACGACGGGGGCGCCCCGAUCGCGGUCCAGGGGGCGCCGAAAGCAGGCGCCCGCGGCUUGGCGACGGAGCUCUGGCCUUUCGCCUACGGGCGAGCUUACUACAACACGCUGCUGACGGUCCUGGGCGAGGCUGAGGCGUCGUCGCACCUGAUCCUCCUGACCACCUCCGCGCACCCUGCGCCCGUCCUCGCGGCAGGGGGCCUGCAGAUGACAUCGCACGUGCUUUACAGCACUGUGGGGCAGCACAGCCGCGCUCACGGCCGCGACGUGCUGCAAGCCAUCCUGGAAAGAGAGUUCUUCAUGAAGGAGAAAGCCAAGCUGGACCCGAGCAAGAAGCGCCUGCGGGACGAGGACUUGUCCUUCGUAAUCGUCGACGCGCCGCCCAGCCAGACGCUGUGCUUCGACGAGGUCGGGAAGACCGGGUCGACGCCAGGGUGGCGAGCAGGGAUCGACCUCACCCCAGACGAGACCACUCUGGAAAAAAGCUUGGCUGAACUGACGAGCCACCAGCUGGAGAGUAAGAGCCUCGCCGUGUCGGAGAAGGCCGGCGCGCGUCACCUCGUGCCGCGUAAGCACCUGCGCGAAGGGGGCGUCAUCACGGACGCGCCCUGCUUGGUGUACUCGACCAUCCCCAGCCUGCGGUAUUUUCUCAAUCAGGGCGGCAAUUCCGCUCUCGUCGCAGGCCCCCUGAUCCAGAUCGACGGCGUCUUGAAACCCGACGGCGUGCCGAAGAGCCUCUACUGCGUCCUGCUCGGCGCGGCCCAGUUGGCAGCCGAUUACCGCGGAGUGCGGAAGCAACCGAAUUGCAUCAUCGAGGCGCGCCCCGAAUUGGGCCCCAACGAUGGCCUGCUGCAGCUCGUGGUGAAAACUCAUAACGGCUGCGGAGUUGCCGAGGGGGCCCCCGUCGUGAUCGAUUGCGGCCCGAACUACGUGCCCUGCACGGCGCCCAUGACGAGCCCGACGAAGCGCUUCAGGGGGGCCCUCGACGUCAUCUGGGACAAGCACCGGGCAGGCCAGGGGGGCCCUUCCCAGGCCAGCCCCGCUCCAGAGCUGCAGAGCGCGCCGCCUGGGGAGCAGCGGCUGGGCACGACCAGCUUGGUCGACAUCUUCCUGACAGCGGCUUCAACCUUGCAGCUGCGUCUUCUCGGCAGCCAGAACAAGAAGAUUCCAGGGAACACCGUACUGUACUCCUUCGAGGGCGGGCGCGUCGACCCGAAGACCUCGGUCAGUGCGCCGAGUUUCCCUUGGGAGUUCAAGGCGGGGCAGGAGCUCGUGGCCACGCGCAAGGGCGACACCAUGAAGCUCACGAAGCUUCUUACAUACAUCAAAGACAACAAGUGCUCGGCGGUGUUCGGGCACAACCAUUUCUCGGAGGGCGUGUGCCCUCCCGAGCUGGUUCUGAAGAAAGCCCUUGUCUUCGCCGCCGCGUCCAGCUCCGCGUCCAGCACCUUCCAGAGUGCGCACGCGGCUCUCGCGGGGUCCGCCAACGCCCACCUCGUGUGGGAGAUCACUCACAGAGAGGGGAAGGUCUGGCCGAAGUCCUUGGUCAUCAUGACCAAGAAACAGCUGAGUCUGAAAGCCGGCGAGAAUUUCCAGCUCUGA